AGCACUACCUGUCUGCCGCAUCUCCAAAGAGCCUGCCACUCUCCACGCCACAGGCUGCUGCGGAGCCCCAAUACUCCAUCAGACGCACCUGUCUAGGAAACAGAAGGAGAAGACCUUGGGCAUCUUCUAAGGAGAGCUAUGGCAUACAACCCAGAGCCUCUAGCCAAGAUCUCUGUCAUCAAGUUCAAGGGCCAGGAUUUUAACUCCUUGAGAGAUCAUUGCCUAAGCAGAGGUCUGCUGUUUGAGGACGAGACAUUCCCUGCUGGGAUUUCUUCCAUAGGUAUGAAGCUGCUUCAGAGGGUAUCCUCCUCCAGCCUGAAGUGGAGGCGGCCAAAGGAUUUAUUAGGUUGUAAAUCAGAGCCUCACUUCAUCCUGGAAGGUGCAAGUAGAUUUGACAUCCAACAAGGAGAGGCAGGAGAUUGCUGGUUCCUGGCAGCGCUGGGCUCCUUGACACAGAACCCACAGCAUCUGCAGAAGAUUCUGAAGAACCAAAGCUUUUCUAGCCAGUAUGCAGGGAUUUUCUGUUUUCGGUUCUGGAAGUGUGGCCAUUGGGUGGAAGUGGUGGUUGAUGAUCGCCUCCCUGUAGGGGACAAUGGGUGCCUCUUCGUGCAUCCUUUCUACAGGAACCACGAGUUUUGGCCCUGCCUGCUGGAGAAAGCUUAUGCCAAUGUCCUCAGCACCAGAAACCAGAAUAACUGUGGGAAAUCAAGAAAGGCAGACACUCAGACACAGCAGGGCAUAAUCAUGAUCAAAGGUGAUGACUCGAGAAUGGAGAAUGGCCUGGUGAGCCAGCAUGCCUACACAGUGACUGGAGCCGAGCAGAUUCAGUACAGGAGAGGCUGGGAAGCUCUUAUCCGGCUGUGGAACCCUUGGGGCCACACCGAAUGGCAAGGGCGCUGGAGUGACAGGUCUCUGGAGUGGCGGGAAACUCAAGACAGACGGAAAAGCCAGCUGUAUGAGGAUAAGGACAAUGGCGAAUUUUGGAUGUCAUGCCAAGAUUUCCAAGAGAAUUUCUCCUGUUUGUAUAUAUGUAACGAAUUUCCAAUCAACCUGGACCAUGGAAACAUGACCCAAGGAGGAUGGUCUCAAGAGAUGUUUAAGGACCACAUUGAAGGACCUCAGAAGGAUGCACAAUAUUUCUUCUCUGUAUCAGAGAGCACAGAAAACAACAAUGUCAUUGUGUCCUUCAACAUCAUGCCAGAAAGUUUACAGGCAAAAGAAUAUCCACUAGGCUUCCAGGUAUACAAGGUCGACCCUAAGUUCCAACACUUCCGGGAGAGGUUGCCACCCACCUUUUUUUCCCCACUCCGAAAUCCUUGCAACGGCAUAAAGACUAAAACCAAGUGGAACUUCACAAAGUGCUUCACUCUGAGCCCGGGGACCUAUGUGGUAGCUGUGUCUGUGUGGAGAGAAGUUGAGUUCUUGCUUCGAAUCUUCCAGAAAAUGCCAGGCAGUGACAGGAACAUGGGCACCAAUUUCAACCCCAGAACACUGAAGGCAGGUCUUCCAGAAAAUGGCUCCCAACAAAGCGUGUUCUACAAAUAUGCUCAGCAGGGACAGAACAUCGAUGCCACCCAGCUUCAGAGCCUUCUCAACCAGGAACUCCUGACAGGGCUUCCAGAGGAUGCAUUCUCUUUGGAUGAGUGCCGGAGCAUCGUGGCUCUAAUGGAUCUGAAAGUGAAUGGGCUGCUGAACCAAGGGGAGUUUUCAAGACUGUGGAGCCGUCUUGUCUGCUGCCAGAGUGUUUUCCAGAACAUCCAGAAGAACUCUGGUGUUUUCCUGAGCUCAGAUUUGCGGGAAGCCAUAAGGAAUACAGGUAAAGCAGGGGAUCCUUUGAGCCCCGAUGACUGGGGGCCUGUGCCGAUUCUUCUCCUCCUCUUUAUCCUAGAGACAUUCCAGAACCUUUCCAAGGAUGGAAAAGGACUCUACGUGACACAAACGGAGUGGAUGAACCUGGUCAUGUACAGCUGAAGCAAAGAGUAGAGCAGACCCCAGAGUCCAGGACCAGCUCCAGUGAUCAUGCAAGAAUCUGUUUUCAUUCCAACAGACUGUGCUGCCUUCUGUGUGUGUGAAGCAAAUGACACCUGCCCUGCUGGAAAUGUAGUCAAAGUUGACUUCAAGGAACCUGGGACAGGUCCUCAGCUGGGUCAGGCGCUGGUAACCCCAAGGUCACAGAGAAGGCCAUCUGAGCACAAGACACCGGCCUGGAAUCACCUGGAAAAUAAAGCAGGAGAUGUUCCACUGCAGGAAAGAAGGGGAGAAGCUACAUCUCGCUCCCCUCCCACCAGUCCAGCUCAUUUCUUGGAAAAGCCAGAAUGAGCCAGUCUGCCCACCCACAAGUUUCUCCAGGUGACACGGGAGUGGUCCACUGGGUGUUUGCAGAAUAAUCAUACUCUUCAGUGUCUGAAUCCUGAUUAUUGUUUCA